CUUUCUCUGUUUUACGUCAACUUCGAUACACCUGAUUCUCCCGCUACAUACAGAGUGUCCUGAAAUAGCGGGGUAACUCAGGCCGGCGAAUGAAUGACGUGAUCACAUAGUCUCAGUCUCUAUGAUUUUACUGAGAAAAAAGGCGUUCCGAUUCUGUGAUUUUGAUGAAUGUUUGGGUUGAUGAAGGAUGGCCGCGACUAUGCAUGCGAAAAUCAACCGGAGGAAGCUUAACAAGCUCGACAUCAUCCAGAUAUGCGAGGAGAUCUUGAAUCCGUCCAUCCCGAUGGCGCUCAGACUUUCCGGAAUUCUGAUGGGUGGAGUGGUGAUUGUCUAUGAGCGGAAAGUGAAACUCCUCUAUGACGACGUCACUCGUUUCCUGGUUGAGAUAAACGAAGCUUGGAAGGUUAAAUCUGUUGCAGAUCCAACGAUCCUACCCAAGGGAAAAACUCAGGCCAAGAGAGAAGCGGUUACUCUGCCAGAUAACCAGGAGACAGAGAUCGGUGGUAUCGAGCAACCCCUCCAUUCCUCCGAUGCGACGGCCACCAUGGGUUUCCAACACACGGCGUACUUUGCUAUGCGACUAGAUGAUGUUGAGGAGACCUGCAUGAAUGACAAUGAAAGGAAUGCGGACCAAAAUCAAAACUAUCAUCAAGCUGACGCAGCAAAUAUAACCUUAUUCGAUCAUUUUGAUCCUUAUCAGGCUGAUAGAGAACUAUUUAAUCACUUUGAAAGGUUUGAUAUAGAGGGAGAGGACGAGACUCAGGCAAAUUUUGCUUCAGGAGAGGAUGCACACAUGCCAAGUACUCUUGUACUCUCACCACCAUUGCCUGAUGAUGCUCCGAGAGAGGAAGUUCAAAAUCAACAUCCAGAAAGCCAAAUAAAUCAGGAAACUGAUGAUAUCAAGUUUCCUCAUCAGCAGGAUAAGCAGAGACAGGGACAAGCCAAAAGGAAAGCUAGAAGAGCAGAACCAUUUGCCAUGGACUACGAACAGACAAUCAUCCGAAAUAUAUACCAAUUAUGGCUGCAAAACUCUUCAAGCAUUGUCUCAAAAGAGGAAGAAAGAGAAAGCAUGAAGAUCGCUCAUCUCAUGGAGCUACCACCGAUAGUACUAGCAUGUGGUUUACUGAAUGAAAAUAGAAGCAUCUAUUAUCCUCCUCCUCUUAUGGAGCUGUGGACGAGAAGUAUCCAGCCUCCCCAUGACUCACCUUCUGGUCAGCCUUUGCCUUUCGAAGAUCUACACGGGAGGUCAACCCACAUUCACAAAGAUGUCUCCAUAGAGAAGCUGCGGAAUAAUUUUGAAAAUCAGGAAAUGCCCCCGAAAUUUUCAUGGAAGGAUUUAGAAACAAUCUCAUCCACAACAAGACAGCGGCAGCAGAUCCGACCACUGGUAACCCCAGGAAAUUCAGGGGAUGAUGUAAGAUCCAUUCCAAGCUCAGCUUCUGGACACAACUUCAUAGCACACAAUGCGGAAGUCAACUCCGGACGUUAUCAAUUGCCUGAAGACGGCCAAACACCUGAACUGCUGGUGGAAACUGGACCAACACAAACCCAACGCCCAAUCAGGAGUCCUCCUGUUGACAAGCUUACAGAUACAAUCCGCACCCAGAUGAAAGAGCAUUUUGAGACUCCCGGGGCCCCCAAGGAAGAAUCCCUGAACCACCUAGCCACUGGGAUGAGCCGAAGAGGAGCAGCCACGCUCUUCUAUCAGACUUGCGUUCUUGCGACUCGUGAUAUGCUCAGAGUUGAACAAAGGGUGCCUUAUGGAGAUAUACUCAUUUCUCGAGGAGCGAAAAUGUGAUUCCACUUAAGAUUGAAACAAGGCGGACCUGAACAUGUCCUUCUAAAUUUUGCUUCGGGACGACGGCCUAUUUUGAUGACAGUGGGCAACUCUUAGACUGAGCUUCUCUUUCUUGAAGUGCGAUAUCUAUUUGAUAUUUCCUGUCUUGAAUUUAAUCCUACUCUUCUGGGAGUUCUCA